AUGUCUGCAAAUAAUAGUAAUAUUAGUACCCAAGACACUCUUAUUUAUCAAGUGCAACAAUAUGACGACUUGGAUACUGCAUAUGAAAAUACCCCAGACACUAUCCCUCAAACACUUUACUUGGACUUGCGCGGCAUCCGUAUGAAGUUAGAUAAAGAAACGCUAGUCAGCUUACCGGAAAGCUUACUCAUCGCCAUGUUUCCUAAUGGUCUCGUUUUGGGUAAACAGUCUUAUGACAGCGAAGAAGAAGACGAAUAUGACGACUCAGAGUUUCAAUCAAGUGAUGCUAACAGUGAGGAAUUGUUAACAACCCAUGUCGAUUUUGACCCUAAAUGUCUAGAAUAUGUCCUCGAUUUCUACAAAAGGACAUUAAAAGAAAAAAAAAUGGAACCAGAAGAGUCACUCUUUGCCUUUAGCCAAGCAGCUCAGUAUUAUCCAUCUAUUCUAGAUAAAGUACCCGUUAUUGUUCUAAGAGAAGAGCUUGAGUAUUACUGCAUUCAUCAGGACAAAAAGGACCCAAUCAAACUGAAAUUGGCUGCAGGUGAAUACCUCAAGAACGAGAAUCUAGUGUUUGCUGCGUUACAAAAGAAUAUUGCAAGAGCAAAUAAUGUAGCCGAACAACAUUUGAUUGAUAUGCUCUGUCAUGCAGGCUUUUCAAGAGAAGACCGAUGGGGUCAUCGUGAAUUAGAGCCUAAUAGGACAUGUAUCAAUAGUAUGAGCUUGGUUGCCUUAAAGUCAUCUGGCACAGAUCACGCGCAUCAGUUGGAUAACACAGCACAGAAGCUAUUGCUUUUUUGGAGGAAGCCUGCACGAAAGUGUUGGUGGGACGGAAAUACGGUUCAUAUUGAUAAUCAACCCAUCAGACUAUGGGCAAGGCGUACAUGGACCUUAGAGCUAGUCAUGAUAUAA